UAAUUUGAACAAACUCGGUAGAACUGUGGAAUCAAGCACCAGCACCAACAAAAAUUGCUUCCAAAUAGUUCAUAUAGUCAAGCUUAAAAAACCCAAUUAAACACAUGAUAAAAUAUAAGGGACUUAAUGCAAAUAACUAUCAUACACAAUUAUGUAAGACAGUCAUUUCCCUUGGAAAAUUAGUUGAAACCAAAAGAGGAAGUUAAAUUGUUUGGAAAAUCAAAUCUCCGUAGGCAAUAAAUUUCAUUUUUCUGUAAAUAGUCAGCAGAAUGUUUCAUACACCAGAUUACUAUCAUGAUAUAUCCAUGAGACUUUCUGAGGUCCUGGAUGAUAUUGGAGUUAAUGAAAAUAUUGUGAUGAAAAGGAGGAGGGCAAAUUUACUGCAAGAAACCAUGCACGUAAUCACAAGCAGAGCAGCUGAUAGACAAGUGACUCAAUAUAGAAUGGGAAGUCAAUCAGAAGGCACCACAACACGCGGACUGCAAUCAGAUACUGAUAUACUUUCCUGUCUAGAUAAUGUCAUUGUGAUACAGGACUGGGAUGUAUGGACUCCAGGUAAAGGUAACCUCCUGAUGAUCCAGAAUGAAACAACACCACCUGGUUAUUGUCUUCUACAGUUGAUUAGAAAUGAUGCUCCACUUCCUUUUACACAAGAAACAGGCAAUUUAUCUAAUUUAUUUGUCAAGGAUACAAGUGGACGGAUAUUGUUCAAGAAUACAAUACUUGAUGCUACACUGUUUGAAGGACUUCAGCGACAAGGACCAUCAGCAGCAUUAGCAUCAGCAGGUUUUUUAAGUACUGACAUAGUAACAGCACUUCCUUGUAAAUCAUGGCCCCAGUCAUCAGCAGCUUGGCUGAAUCAACAAGAAACAAACAUAUGGCCAGCAGCAGAAAUGAAGAAAUAUGCAAAAACUACAAGAUGUUUUGUUGUUGGUGUUGGCAGCAAAGCCAGUGAAAAUGCAGACUUUGAAUGGAGAAUUUCUACCUCAUUAGCUGAACGGUGCCUGAUGUUCAAUUUAAAUAUUACUCAAAUACGAAUUUAUAUCUUACUAAAAAUGAUUCUCAAAACAUACAUUAAUAUUGAAAAUCUUGACAAAGAAACUUAUAUUUCAAGUUUCAUGUGUAAAACUGUUUUGUUUUACUGUAUAGCAAGUAAACCUACAAGUGUACGGAAGGAGUGUAAUAUAUUGAAUUGUUUAAGCUUCUGUAUACAGACACUGAACAGAUGUAUAUUAGCAGGAAAUUGUCCACAUUUCUUUGAUCAUGAAAACAAUUUAAUGGCAGGAAAAAAUUCCACUGUAGUCAAACAUCAGUUACUUGAAAGAAUGUCAAAUUUAAUACCAUGUGAAGGAAUUUCUCUUUUUGGAAUUCAGAUUGACAAACUUGGUGAAAGACUUCAGAUUAAGCUUAAUAUGCUAAACGAAGUACAUCAUGAUAUACCACAGCCAGAGAAUUAACCACAGCCAGAGGAGUGCAUUAUGGACAUAUCAUAUACUUUAUUACGAAACACAGCUGCAUGCAUUUCACAUCGUCAAGUUGAGAUUUAUAUUACAAAAGAUGAAAGUUUAGAAAUGAAACUGAAAAUUUUAUUACAGGAAGUGCUACAUUUGACAAGAUACUACAGAGAUGGUAACGUCUUAGAAAAGACAGCAUGCAGACUUCUAGCACCUCUAUUUUGUACAUCAAUAGGAUCUCUGAUAGCCUCACAAAACAUUCGAAUUAACAGGACAGUUUCACCUCAAGCACUUGCCUGGCUUGAAGCAGGACAGAGAUCAGAUGUUGCUUCAGGCAGACUAAAGCUAGCAUCUAUAAUGUAUUGUACUGGUAAUAUGGAAAGAGUUGCUUGUAUUCUUAAUAAUACAGAAGAACAAUAUAACACUGAAGUUACUGAGCCUGCAUGUGCCUGCAACAGAUUCCCUUGGUAUUACUUGAAGAGACGAUUUUGUCAACUCUGCUGUCAAUAUGGUGUAGCAGACGUUAAGUACAUAGUUGCCCUUUGUGUAAGAUUUUCCCAAGCUGAAAUAAACUGUGUACCACAUGAACUUCAGUAUGAAAUGUUUAGAUCAACACAAGAGGACCUUCAACAUAGAGGUAUACUUGAGUUCUGGAUGGACUUAGCUGUAGUAGACUCACUUCCAUAUCUGUAUUUUCUACAAUACAAGACAUUCUACAAUCUACAGAGACCUGAGGAACAGCAACAAGCACUGAACAAACUUAUGUGCGUCACUAAAACAGAAAACAACCUUGCACACAGAGAAACAGCACUAAAUUUACUAGGACAGUGCAUGGAACAGGAGAACAGACCUGUUGAUGCUCUACAGUGUUACAUGUUAUCUCUACGUCACACGGAAAGAAAUAAUGCUGCAAAAAUUCAUAUCUGCAGGUGUUUAGCUAAUACAGUUUCACACCAACUUGAGUGAACUUGAGAUUCUGACUGAUCAAACUUCCUACACAUGACAGUACAUUGUAAUAAUUCUUGUUGUAAGCCAGUAUUUCCAUUUAUUUUGAUUGUCUACAGCCAAAAUUCUGCAGGCGUGUAUUUGUAGAAUUUGUCACCUAUUUUGUGAAAAAGUGACUUGCUACAGGUGUAUCAAAUAGCACAAAUACAAUAUAUAUAUCUAUA